AUGGCUCCUCCUCCAGCUAUCGACAGAUUUCUCGCCAUCUCGUGUACCAACGUCGGGGUUGGGCCAGGAGGCACCACAAAUUUAGUGGCACGAGUAGCCAUCGUCGACUAUCGAGGAACAACGGUAUUCGACAAAUAUGUUAGACCUACGACGACUGUGACCGACUAUCGCACUGCGAGUACCGGCUUAACGGAGGCUCACCUGUAUUCUGCCGAUGCAUGGCAGUUCGGAAUGAUUCAGACCUACCUCUCUAAUCUUUUUAGAGGGAAGAUUCUGGUCGGACAUAGUCUCUGGCAUGAUCUAGCCGUCCUCGGUCUACCGCACCCAGCAGUAGACACUAGAGACGUGGCUCUUUAUCAGCUCGAGAACGCUCGCGCCGCUUUGGAUCUCUAUCGGUCGGAUGCUGAUGCUUGGGAGGCCGCAAUUUCCAAUGGCAAUUGGCCUUGUGCUCUUCCACCAAGCACUUUUUCUCGUUGCUAUAUCUGA